AACGAUGUGAUCGUAGCACUGCCCAUGAAAGGUAAUUUUUGGUGGCAGUGCUGGUCUUGGGUUGUAGAAGUGAGUACUCGCUGCAGUAGUCUUUGUAGUUAGCCAAAGCCACAAUGAGUUCAUCCAUCUCCCCGGCAACGACGCCAGCUUCUGCUGGUACACCAGCUUCUGGUACACCAGCUUCUGGUGCCGCGCCAGUAGCGCCUCAUAACGUAACGCAGACGUGGAACAGGAGGCGUGGGGAGCGUGAGAAAUUACGGUUUGCAAAGGACCAUCCCAUUUCCACUAGUGAGCAGAAACUACAAGGCGAGGACCAGUGCAAUCACUUGCAGCGUCUCCUCACCUACGUCGACGAGAACCAUAUCAAUCUUUUUGGCCUGAAACGGCUAGCUGGUUUAGACGUCAAUGGUUGGCUUGAUGUGAGAGGACAUGUCUUGAAGGAAGAAGACGUAUCACCCAAGAACGAAAAAAUAAAGCAUUCUCUACCAUGCCCAGCGAAGAGCGCGAAACGCUUAAGGCAAUUACGCCGAAACCGUAAGUGGAGCGACGUCCACCGACAAGCAAUUCUUGCCGCUGGUGAGGUUACUUCUGUUCUGGCCUAUGCGGCUUUAUCCGGUAGCGCGCCGAUUGUCAACAGCUUGCUGCAUGCAGGAGCGACGCCGUUUCUGCUAGGAGAGUCGACUAGACGACGUUUGGAGGAGCUGGAGACGGCGCGGACAUCAAGAAGGACUCCCGAGAUGAACAAGAAGAACAUUGGCUUUGAAUUAAGGCUACAAGAAUUCCAUCUUCACAGGCAUCUUGGUCCCGUUUUUAGAGGGGAAACGGGGCCCAGGAUGCUGCUGAAGAUGGAUUUCCCUUAGUUCUAAUUGAAGCAAACCAAAUUCUUCGCAAACGGUUGCAUGACUGUUUCGCUGUGUACGUCGUGGAAAGUCUGGCUAGGAACAUGGUCCCAUCAUCAUCAUCAUCACCACCAUCAUCACCAUCAUCAUCAUGCGGGAAGACAGCGCCAUCCAGCAAGAGCUGUGGAGUAUGUGGCCUUGGUUCUCUGCCUUUUCUCUUUCGAUGCAGUAGUAGGACACCUGAAGAAGAUCCUUGUUUCUUCUGUGAGGCAUGCUUCUGGACGGAUUUUGUCACGACGUUUGAUGAGAGAGAGCCGCUACUAAGAGGGGACAUUCACAACAUUGUUGUGGAAAAAUCGUCCUUAUCAUCAUUCUCGUCGAGUACUCCUGGAGAAACAAGAGAAGCUGCACGAAAGGAGAAGAAGUAUCAGGAUUUCAUAGCCUGUCCUUGUUGUGGAUAUGGAUUGCGCAAGGACAAGGAGGAGAGGAAGGAACAAGAGGACACGCCGAUCUCUCCAAGAAGUAAUUAUAGCACGACUGCUUCUGGUUCUACUAGUGCGAGCCCAGCAGACCAGUCGUCAUCUCCUUCGAGUGAUAGCGACGCAUCCGCAGAUGAUCCUAGUUCUGGUUCUCGUGCAAAAUCCGACAAAGACCGAUCUCCAGCUGAACAAACAUCUUCCUCUUCCUCUACAUCAUUGAGUCCACGACCUUCCUCUUCCACCUGCACCACCGCCAGUCAUGCAGCUGCUUCUUCACUCACCCGUUUUGUCUGCUCCCUACCUCGCGAAAUCCUUGGUGACUUCAAAAAGCAUCCCGACUAUGCCAAGCUGAAGGCGAUGUCCAACAAUUACACCAGUUGUCGCAGCUUGUCGCUGUACGAGACAAAAUUCCUCAAUGUGGGCUGCGUCCAAGCUGACCGCACUGUGGCAUGGCUAGAGGCUGUGAAAAACAGAGAUUUGUUGCGAAUGCGAGCCUUGUUUACAUUAGCUGUAGACGUGGAUGCCGGUUGUUUCGAGUAUGGCGCCACAGCCUUGAUGCAAGCGUGCAGCUUAAGGUGGAGUCGCGGUGUGCAGGCAUUGGUGGAAGAGUUCGGCGCGACGAAGCAUACUGCAAAUAACGGACUCCUUGAUGGGUAUAGCGCUUUGAGGAGGUUUAUAGUUCUGGACAAGCGAGAAGGUGGGGGCGUGAGAAUAGUCAAAGAAGAUGACUUUGAUUUUCUUGAUCAUGACGAUGCAUCUGACGAGAAGAAGUCCGAGGAGAUGAACGAGAAGCAGAUCAUUUCUUCCUACCUGAAGAGCUUAGAUGAGGAAGGGGCGAAAGCGAAUGUGACUAAGCACAACCUCGAAACAGCUUCAUGCGCUCUAGGACUAAGAGACCUUCCCACCACAUUUUCCUCUACGCCAAAGAUGGAGUCUUUCGUCAUCCCUUAUCUCCUCGAAGACGACCCAAGUUCGCUUCUAGCUAGAAGGAACAAUCUCCUCAGUUCCACAGCGUUUAUCAUUGAUGGAGCAUGGAGUCCUCUAGUAGCCGCGACAAGAACGCCUGCGGCCACAUCAUCCUCGUUCCUAGACUACCUCCGCCACGUGUUCAACCAGCAAAUCGCGCAUACGGGCGCUAAAGAACUGUGCGCAGAACGGCGAUACUUCUGGGAUGUGGAUGGAUACGUGCAGAGUCACCUGGAAGCAGCUGUGAGGAGAUCCUCGCUAGGGGCUACUCCAAGUUCAAACAGCACUUCUGUUUUAACAUUUGGCCAGAUGCGGUUUCUUCACUACCCAAAAAAAGGAGGCGCAGUAGGUACACAUCAAGAUCUUUGUCGGGCAGAUGCGAAAAGUGGCAGGCGGAGUACGCAUACGUUUAUCUUGUACUUUGAUUUGGAGGAAGGAGAUCGAGAUCCUUCUAGUGCGUAUGAGGUUGAGGAUGCUGGAGAAGAUCGAAGUGUGGGUGGAGAAACAUCAAUAUUUUUAAGUGACCCUACCACGAGCACGACGACACGACACCAGCACCAGCAACACGCCGAUUCUAGUUCCCAAACGAGAAACUCGGUCGAUGUGCUCCCACUUUCAGGCCGUCUCUUGCUCUUUCCCCAUAAGGCCUGGCAUGAAGGGUUAGCUGUCAAACGACCUCCCAAAGUACUUCUGCGCGGUGAAAUAGGCCUUUUUUGUGACUGAAACACGUCGACUACACGCCAACACUAGCUCUGAUCA